CCAACCCAGCCGCGGCCGGCCGAGCAGACCCAUCCCCUCUCCUCCCUCCCCUUCCUCCCUCCUCCACCCGCAUUGCUUCCCCUCCACCUCCACCCCCCACCCACACCACCACCGCCUCCUCCCUCCCCAUAACUAUCCCAACCCACUCGCUGUCACUGGGAGCAGAUCGAUCCGGGAGGCCAGCUCAGAUUGGGGUUCUUCAAUCUCGCCCUACCGCCGCCUCGCUGCGCUCCAAUCCGUGCCGCCGCCGCGUUCCUUGGUCCGGCGGCUGGUUGGCGGGGACGGGGGGAGGCGGGGGAUGAAGGGGCUGGGCGGCGGGCCGAAGGUGCUGCUGGUGCACUCUUCGUCGAACAAGCCGUCCGGCGGCGGGUCGGGGUCGCCGUGGAUGGGGCGCCGCCGGCUGUGGCUCGUCGUCUUCCUGGCCUGCUUCGCGUGCGUAUCCCUGGCCUCGCUACUCUCCGCCGCGCGGGACGCGUCCUCGGCCGUCGGCGCCAGGCGGAGGGCCACGGGGUCGGCUUCGGGGGCCAGGCUCGCGGUGUCGCGGAGGGCCGCCGCGGCGAAGGGGGAGGAGGCGGCGGCGUUUGGGCCGGGGCUGCCGGGGUACGUGUUCGACGCGCUGGUGCAGUACGCGGCGGUGGGGGGCAACACGUCCGGGAGCAUGCCGGCCGCGGACGUGCGCGCCAUCGCGGCGGCGCUGAAGCGGCGGUCCCCGUGCAACCUGCUGGUGUUCGGGCUGGGCGGGGAGACGCCGCUGUGGCGCGCGCUCAACCACGGCGGGCGCACCGUGUUCCUGGACGAGAACCAGUGGUACGUGUCUCACCUGGAGGGGCGGCACCCGGGGCUGGAGGCCUACGACGUGGCCUACACCACCACGGUCCGCGAGUUCCCGGACCUCCUCGAGGCCGCCCGCGCCGCCCGCGCCGCCGAGUGCCGCCCCGUCCAGAACCUCCUCUUCUCCGACUGCCGCCUCGCCAUCAACGACCUCCCCAACCAGCUCUACGACGUCGCCUGGGACGUCAUCCUCGUCGACGGCCCGCGCGGGUACACGGCGUCGUCGCCGGGGCGGAUGUCGGCGAUAUUCACGGCGGGGGUGCUGGCGCGGGCGCGGAAGGAGGAGGGCGCGGCGACGGACGUGCUGGUGCACGACUACGAGCGGGAGGUGGAGCGGGCGUGCUCCAGGGAGUUCCUGUGCGAGGAGAACCGCGUGCCGGCGAGCAGCACGCGGUCGCUCGCCCACUUUGUCAUCCGCGGCGGCAGCGCCGUCCGCCGGGAUGCCUUCUGCGGCCGCGCCGCCAGCACCGACACCGCCGCGCAGUAGAUUAGAUUUAUUUUAUUUUUUACUCCGGUAACUUACCUCUUCUCUCUCUCCUAGUAUCUUUUUUACCGUCGUCUGAUAGCCAAUGAUGAUGUCGGCAUGUGUGGUGAAAAAAGGGCGCCAGUGAAAGCUCGACCAAGCUGUAAAAAUCAGUGAGAGGAAGGAAUUGUUGUGCUCACGGCUCA